AUGGAAAUUUCUAAUGAUACUCCUAUAUCCGAUAUAACCGAUAAUACUUCAAAUUCUAGCCUCUCUAUGACUGCCUUUGGUAAUGAUGCUUCUGCAUCCAAUAUAACAGCUAACACUUCAAAUUCUAAUGAGAAGAAGCUUCGAGAUCAAGAGAAAAUCAUAACUCCCCAGGAUACUAAAUCUCCCCUGAAUGUAAAAGGUGGUCAGGGGUUGAUCCAAGAAUUAUUUACUCUAGAGCCGUCUCUACAAGAAUCGCAAAUAAUUCAAAACCAUAGACCAGCGGUUCUGGAGAAACUAACAUUGACCGAAGCAUGGCAACAUCUAGCUCAAUUAUGUGAUAAAGCUUUCGAUGCUGAAGAUAGAGCAAAUCGAGCUAAUCAAGAAGAAAUUUUAUAUUGGUCUCUAUAUGCAAAGGAUUUCAGACUUCAAUAUAAUGAGAUUAUAGUGAGUAGCGGAGAAACAGAUAGUAUAACCGCUCCUUCCAGCAAUUCAGAAGAUAAGAUAAUUGAGGAAGUUAAAUCUUUAAG